UGGACCCCAUGAAACUUAUCCUGUAUUUGAGUAUCCUUGCUGGGACAACUUUCUUUGCUCACUCAUCUGUGCAGAAGGAAGAUCAUGCUCCCUACUUAGUAUACCUAAAAUCUCACUUCAACCCCUGUGUGGGUGUCCUCAUCAAAACCAAGUGGGUGCUGGCCCCAGCUCACUGCUACUUACCAAAUCUGAAAGUGAUGUUGGGAAAUUUGAAAAGCAGAAUCAGAGAUGGGACAGAGCAGACGAUUAACCCUAUCCAGAUUGUCCGCUACUGGAACUAUAGUCAUAGCUCCCCACAAGAUGACAUUAUGCUCAUCAAGCUGGAUAAGCCUGCUGUCCUCAACCACAAAGUCCAGCCCCUUCCCCUUGCCACUCGUAAUGUCCAGCCAGGCACUGUCUGUCUGCUCUCAGGUUUGGACUGGAGCCAAGAAAACAGUGGCAGACACCCCGACUUGCGGCAGAACCUGGAGGCCCCUGUGAUGUCUGAUGCGGAGUGCCAGAAAACUGAGCAAGGGCGAAGCCACAGGAACUCCCUCUGUGUAAAAUUUGUGAAAGUAUUCAGUCGAAUUUUUGGGGAGGUGGCUGUAGCUACUGUCAUCUGCAAAAACAAGCUCCAGGGGAUUGAAGUCGGACAUUUCAUGGGAGGGGACGUUGGCAUUUAUACCAAUGUAUACAAAUAUUUAUCCUGGAUUGAAAACACCGCCAAGGACUCAUGAGAUCCUACUUCCCUGCCUGCAUGCCAUUGACUCUGUCAGUGACUACACAAACUGAUA